UCAUUCCUUUCUGACACCCCUUUGGCUUUCUUGGGCACAGUUGAUGGUUCUACAUUUAAUCAGCUCUGAGGUUUCUAAACAAGUACUAUGCUUUUUGUACAAAGUAACUACUUUAUGAACAUGGUGUUCAGAGGAUUCAGUUAAGUCAGUACUUUGUUUUUCUUACUUUUAAAGUGCAUCUACUUUCAUGAUGUGGAUAUAGGAGAAUGGAUGACAUAAACAAUGGAUACUAGUGACAAGACUCUGCAGGAGAAGGAUGUUGACUUUCAUCAGCUGGACCUAAAUGACACAGAGCCUGCAUCACGUAGCAGUACAAGAAGGGUGAUUCACUUUACCAGUGGUGAAAUUACUGAAGAGUCAAGUUCUGAUGAAGAGGAGAUUGAGGAUGUGAGAAUUGAGUUCCAGGAAGCAGACACAAGGCAGCUGUCAUGGGGUUCAUACGUGUGGCUUUGGAUGACACGAAUUGCCAGGAUCUCUCUCUUUUCAUGUGAUUUCCUUGGAGGCAAACUUGCUAGUGUUCUAGGACUUGAUGCAGCAAAGUACCAGUAUGCAAUUAAUGAACAUAAACGUCAACAAAAGGAAAAUGGAAGUGAAGAAGAUGGUGUGGAACUGCAAGAAAUUAAAACAAGUGGGACAAGUGAAACUCACCACCUUCAGAUGGAGAGUUUAAAUUAUGGGGCAGUGCACUUGGGCAGUACUCAAGACACUUCUCCAAAGCAGCCAUUGUCCAGUGGAGAUCAAAUGAGAGACGGAAAUUACCAGAACAUUGGCUUUGAGGAGGACAAUGAAAAUUAAUUAUACUGGCAUCUAAGGGUUAUCUUGAAAUUUUAUUAAAAAUGCAUCAGCUGUUAGGCCUUUUUCAAGAAAGGUUUGAGCCACAAGCAGGAAUCUCUGUCCUUUCACUCCACAUAUAAGUAGGUUAAUAUAAUAGGCUAAAUGUUUUAUUUCAUUUAAAUAGUUCAAAGUGAUGAAAUCAGAUAGUUUUCUUUGUGUUAUUUAUUUUAUGCAUAUCUUGUCUAUGUUACGAAUGUUAGAGACACACCUUUAAUGAGAACCUUUUGUGGCUAAGAAGAUUAUCUGUGACUUUUCUUCAAAGCAAUUUUAACCUUAGCUGGGCACAAAAAAACAAAAUGAAUAAAUGUUUUACAUGUAAUUCAAAGCA